UACACAGGUAAAGUUAAGAUGACUAAAGAUGAAAACGCCUUUAGCAAGAUAACUAUGAAUAUAUUUGUGUAUUGUUUGUGUGCCCAAUGUGGAAUAUAAUUAUUACAAGUUUAACGUUUUUUGAUAUUGGUGUAUGUCACACAGUUUUUCAUGUAAUAGGGUCAACAAUUACACUAACAUGUGAGGAAAAUAAUGCUGUUUCGUGGAGAGGGCCCUGCGAUGGUAACACAAUCUAUUCUGAAGCUGGUCAAAUAAAUGAAAAUCUGCCGCAAAAUUUGAUUAAUCGAAUUUAUAUAUUUGGAAAUAUUUUCAGAAUAUUCAAUGCUCAGUUGAGUGAUGCAGGAUUGUACGAAUGUGUCGAUAAUAUCAAAGGAACAAUUACAAUAACAAGCUUCAAUCUUUCAUUACCAGCGCUUUUGAGUUCAUCUGACGCGUCUUAUUACCGGUUCAUGCUGGUGGAUGCUGAUUCACAAAAACUUAUCGUAGGUCAUAUGAAUUAUAUAGAUAUACUUGAUAUUUCCGACAAGCCAGUGUUUCCAAUAGUUCCGAAAUCCCAUCGCUUCACAUCUAAUCCGAACAGCUUGGACUACUGUAAACUUUCCAAACAAGAGGUGCCAUAUUGUCAAAAUCAUAUCAGGUUUAUCAGUAAAAAGAAAGAGGAUAUCUUGUUUGCAUGCGGUACCAACGCGGAUGCACCUAUAAGUUUUGAAAUCAAUACAACAAGUGGCAUAGCAACGCAUGGAUCUAAUGUACCUUGUUCAAAUGACCCAUUUCACAAUUUCACAGCUAUUUACAUUAAAUCCAACAACUCAAGCAGAGAAGAUGAUAUUUAUUAUGGUAGCACAUUGCAUUCUGAAUCAACAAUUCAGAGACCUAUAUUCGGUACUAAUGAUUAUAUGAAAGGCGUAAUAAGUAACACGUGGAUGAAAGAUCCACAGUUCGUAGGCUCUUUUGAUGUUGAUGACAGAGUGCUCUUUUUCUUCCGAGAGACAGCUGUAGAUGUACCUCCAAACGAUAACAAAGUUUACUCCAGAGUUUCCAAAGUCUGUAAGAAAGACGUCGGCGGAAAUUCGUUACUGAGAAACAAAUGGACGAGCUACCAAAAGGCAAGACUUAUCUGUUCUAUUCCUGGGUCAUAUCCGAUAUAUUUUGAUUUCAUACAGGAUGUAGUUACGAUAGAUAACAACAUUUUUUAUGGGUUGUUUACGACCAGAACUGGAAAUCCUGCUUCAGCCAUAUGCGCAUUCAGUUUAGCAGAAAUUGACAAAGUUUAUAAAGGUUCAUUCAAAGAUCAGCCCGAUUCUAACUCAUAUUGGAAGGAGAAAAAAACGUCGUUAGACCCUAGACCGGGACAGUGCUCAAACGAUUCAAUGUCUCUCGCUGAGGCCAACCUCCAAUUCAUUGCCAACAAUCCCUUAAUGUAUGCAUCAGUGCAACCGUUAAAUGGAGAACCGAUUUUUGUUUUGUAUCAGACGGAAUUACAACGACUAGAAUUGCAUCGUAAUUUGACGGAAGUGGUGUUUUAUGCUGCAUCAAAUACUGGAAAGGUCUAUAAAUUGUUUAAUAAGGAUGGCAAGAGGACAUAUGUCUCAAGUAUAUACUCGGUUUCCCUAGAUCAAGAAGUUAUUUGGUCCAUAGAACAGCUUGAAGGUUCAGUGUACGUAGGGACGGAUACUAAAGUACAACAAAUUAAUGUUAUCAAUUGUGAACAGUACCGACUGAUAGAUUCCUGUGUAAAAGAUCCGCAUUGUGCUUGGAUAAACAAAACAAAGCUAUUACCAGAAACUGAAACCGAUCUCAAGUGUCGUGCUCUGACUUAUAUUAAAGAUCACAGUCUCCUAAAUAAGGAGGGAGUUUACACCCACAUCAAUUACAACCUGUCCAUGGAUACUUCGUAUGUUGGUCCUCCAGACAAACCAAAAUAUUUGCAAGUCAUUAAGACAACGAUAGACAAAAUCGAUCUCCGAUGGUUACCAGGAUACAAUGGAGGAUACGAUCAAACGUUUGUUUUUGAGUAUCAGAUUGAAAGUGCAAGUUCAUGGAGUGUACAAGAGUAUAAUCCAGACGUCAGUGAUAAAAGUAUACAAACUUAUCAAAUCACUGGACUUGCAAGCGGGAAAGUAUAUGCAAUAAGGAUGUGUGCAAAGAACAGUAUUGGUAGCAGUCCACAUACAGCUUCCAUUUCCGUAUCGACAGCAAUCACAGACGUCUAUACGAUUCUUUUUAUAAUUACAAUAUGUAUCCUUGCAUCUGUUAUCUUAUUCAUAUGUUGCAAAUGGUGCUUUGAAAGACAAAAAAGAAAGCCAACUGAUAAUCAAGUAGAUGCAGACAUUCAAAUCAAAGCGAAACCUUUAAAUGGAGAGGUUGUUUUUCAAAUCGAAGAUGAGAAGAAAUCAAAUAACAAUCAACAAAUCAAACAUUUAGAAGAACUAAAUCGAGGAAUUCAACUUGGACAUAUUCUGUGUGGUGAAUGCCUUAUGAAGGCAAAUGAAAUCAAAAUGUGCAUAAAAAAUAAUGGAAAACACCAAAAGAAAAAAAAGAAAAAAGGUUUCAAGAAACUCAGAAAUGGAGUAAACGGAACAACAAAUCUUGCGUUUGAAAAUAGUGCAACCAAACAGACCACUUCUUUUUGACAUUGUGUUAUACUACUUCACUUCGGUAACCAAUAAAUAUCUGCCACAUUUUACCUAUUCAAGGAAGAAAAUGGAAAAUCCAUCAAUGAAGGAGUUAGUAGAUGUGUAUAAACUGAUGCUGGAAUCCUCGUUCCAUGAAAUAGAAUACGAAAUAUGUGUAUCUAUUGCGUUUUAUCAAGUUAACGACUGCAUAUGUUCAUGUGGUGUCAUACAUUUAAUUAUAUAACAUUUGGUCGGCUUACACUUUGAAUAGAUGUUUAUUAAAAUAAGAAGAAUUGUCUAAUAAUCAAUAUUACCUUAACCGAACAACAAUGUCGUAUCAGUGGUCCUAAAUAUUUGCUUACUUACAUAUUAUCAUGUUAUUACUUUCUAUACAAGACGGUAUUGUGUGCUAGUAUAAACAUUGAAACCUGCAACCCUAAAUGUAACAUGUAACCAAUACUAUACUUUUUGUGUAUCUAUUGAUAUUCGGCUAAACCAUACAAAAGCGGAAUGGUUCAGAUUUCAGUAUUGUAUGUCCAAAGCUAGGAUCAUAGUCAAUAUAUGUUUCAUUUCCAAAUCAAAUUCGUGUAGUGAACGAUCAUAAAUGUUUCCGUGUUUAUCUAAUUGUCAUGAAUACUCUACGUACUAUCUUAUACAAUGCCGACAAUAUUACAUCCAGAUAUUGAAACGUUAUUGUUUGGAAAUUAUGAAAGUAAUUUCAUUCAUACAAGUAAAUGUUUGUUUAGAAAUUUAUUUCUUCCAUUGAAUAGUCAUAUACAAUUUAAUUCAAAGUCGGAAUUUAGUCGUUACUAUUUACACUGUUUUCUUUCCCUUUUAUAUUGUUCAUGCUCUGAAGGAUGUGUAUUUUGGGCCACAGAUAUAUUUAUUGUGCAUUUAAUUAAAAAUACCACAUAUUAGUUGAAAUACCGUGUUACCAUUGCAAUUACUUGAUUUAUUGUAAUAAAAUAUUAUGAAUCUAAAAGAAACUUUUACAUGUUUUAGAAAAUAUAACUUGUUAUAAACUACUUCUUCUUAAAC